AUGACGACAAGUGAUGAAACGGCCAAUUUUUGUCAUGACCACUAUGAACAUCCUUUAUUGUGGUGUGAGGAGAAGAAACGUUUAAUUGAGCGUAAAAAUGCUGAGGAAAGUUUACGUAUGUGGCGUCGCCGUAAGGCUGAGGAAAUGGCACGGAAAGAACGUGAAAAACAGGAGUAUUUUGACCUUUAUUUAAAACACUGCCCUUGGGGACGUCCUGGUGGAGGAGCACCUAAUGUAGAUGUUAGACGCAAAGAUAUAACUGCCGUUGGUUUGCAUUCAACACCAACAAUUAACAUGCCAAAUCGUUUGAUAUCUUUACAACCACCGUGUCGAUAUAGUGAUUAUUUUUCCAAACAUAGAAAAUGUCAUGAUCCUGCUGCAAUUUAUCAUCAUCAUCAUCAUGCACCACGUGUCACCACACAUGCACAUACAGUUCAUCAUAUAACCGAUACAAUACGUCCAGCAAUUGCUGGUAGUACUGUGACAAUAUGUGAGCGGGAAGGACCUGGUACACUUACUGUACCAAGUAAAACCAAAAAUGGUGAGAGACAUGUCGAUAUAGAAGUACGUUAUAAACCUACUAUUGGUAAAGGAAAACCCAUGCUGGAAAAAAUUGUAGUAACUGAAACAGAUAAAUGUCCAUUGGCGCCAGCACAACAAAGUGAGGCGACAAAAAGUCCACAAAAGAAAAAGCAAAGUUUCAAAAUGGAUAAGGCGGGUAGUAAAGAUCCUUGGGGUAAACCUGGACCAGGUGGUAAGCCUUGGCGUAGUCCUAAAGCAGCUGGAAGUACUUUCAUGAAAUCCAUGGGUUGGACAAAUAAAGAAGUAUUAAAGGAACUUGAUCAAGACAAUCCUGCCACACCUGCUGAGAAGAACACUUUUCGUAAAUCGCGUAGCAAUAAAAAGUUGCAGAGAUGUUGUGCAAUGUGCACUUGUACAUGUCCAGCGAUGAUGUCUGGUGCACUCAAAUCAACACAUAAAAAACCACAACAUAGUUCUCCAACAAAAGUAGAACCUAAUCCAAUUUUAACUGGUAAGAUAUGUCCACGAUUUAUGCGUCGUUGCGUGCCAGAUGUUAUUCCAGGUGCUGUAGAUAACAGCCGAACGACCACAGACAACACAACAAGCACAUCAAAUCUGCCAGGCGGAGGAGUUGAGUUGGUGCCACUCUUGGCACGUCGACGUGCCAAAAAUCGUCCCAUUAGUUUGUCCAGUACUGAUGUAACGAAACGGACUGCAUCUCAUGAUAGGUACGCAAUAAAUUUAAUAACAAAAAAAAAAUAUUUAUACAAAUCUGCUAGUAUGAAAGUCAUAUCUUUCUUUGGAUUAGCGACAGCAGAUCCCGCCGCUGACUUGCGCUAUUUACGGGAGUUGAAUCAGCAAAUCACGGACAGACGUCGUUCCAUCACACGUUCCCAUCAACUCGAGCAAGAACUGUGCAACAGACAUUUCGAAACUUUCGACACAUACUGGGGUCGUCCAGGCCAUGGUGCACCCACUGGAGUAAAGAACAAAUUAAAAUUGAAUGAAUUGCUCUACGGAGUCGAAGACUGCACAGACUAAGAAACACAAUACUGAAGCAGUGCAAGAAGUGAAAGUAAUGCAAGGGGAACAAUGAAUA